AUGGAAUUUGAGGGCGAGGACCAGCGGACGCUAAACGAGCUAGUGAGGACGCUGAGCGGACGUCUAGAUUUACUUAUCGACGGGGAUCAACCCCCACACCAGAGAGCGGCCGGAGGAGGAGGAGGGGGGGGUGGGGGUGCAUCACCAUCAGCAGAGGAUGCCCAUGGCCCUUCCCCAAGCGAAGAUGAGCCGCCGGAAUGUCGCGUAUGCCGGGGAGAGCCGGAACCCGGACGACGCCUUUACGCGCCGUGCCUCUGCAGCGGGUCCAUCAUGCACACCCACGAGGACUGCCUGCUGGAGUGGCUCCAGCACAGCGGGAAGGACACAUGCGAGCUGUGCGGGGCGCUCUUCCGCUUCACCCCCGUGUACGACGCAGGCGCUCCGCAGCGUGUGCCACUGUAUCAGGUGCUGACCACGUGCGGGAGGAAGGUGAUGGUGAAGUGGCUGCCGCUUUGCCUCCGGGUGCUGAUGGUGGCGGGGCUGUGGCUGCUCUUCGUACCCGUGUGCACCAGCUGGCUGUACCGGAUAUGGAUCCACCGGACGAGAGUACUGCUGCCGCAGCUGUUCCUCCAGCGGCUGAACAUGGCGUGCAUCUGGAGCGACUGCAUCUCCGGCAUCAUCGUCACGGCAGCUAUCAUCCUGUCUUUCCUCUCCUUGAUGACCUUCGCGGACUUCCUCGCCGACCAGCUCCUCAGGGACGACUUCGGAGGCAUCGGUCUGGACGGGAUGAACCUAGUCGAGGCAAUGGCGGAAGCAAUGGACGACCUUCGCAUAGACAACAACAACAAUCAGGUCCACGAUCGGGUACCGCCGCCACCGCAGGAACCACAACAGCUGGGGCCACUGCCUGGGCACGCACCUGAUCGCAGAGCAAAUCACGGCCACGGGGGGGGCGGGGUUGGAGGGGUUGGAGAUGUCGUUGCGCCUGCCGCUGCCGCCGCCGCCGCCGGGCGCGGGGCGAGAGCGGCGGAACCCCCGGCCGGUGGCGGUCGCCCGGACAACCGCGGGGUCGGCGAGGCCCAUCAAGGCGAGGCUUUGGCUGCGAUAGAGGAGCGAAGGCCAGCGGCACCGCGGGAGGCGGAGAGCGGGGGGGGUUCGCCGGCCCACCCUGCUGACGGUUCUGCUCGCGAUGCCGACGAUCACGAUCGCCGAAUUGGCAGCAACAGCACAGGUGGUGGGGGCGGCGGCGGUGGUGCUCAUGGUGGCGUAAAGGCGGAGGGGUUGGCAACCGAAGAGAGAAAUAUCCCGAGGGAAGGCGAGCGCGUAUCGGUACCCGAAUUGGCAGAAUCAGCGGCGGCGGCGGAGCGGCAGAAUCUUGCGCAGCCCCGUUUCCGCCGGAACGUAGACCCGAUGGCCUACGACACCGACGACGAGGAAGGCGAGGAGGAGGAAGCGGCGCCGGGCGACACGUUCCUGGGGCUCAAGUACAGACCGCCGACCCCGCCCAGAAAGGGAGGAGGCCAAGGGCGAGCAGCACAGUCUCGGACGCGUAGAUGGAGCGGCCACAAGGACGACCACAACGACGCCGCCGCCGCCGCCGCCGCUGCUGCUGCUCUCCGGGCGGGUGCGAACAACGCCGAGCCGAGGGUAAGGGCGGACGGAGGAGGAGGAGGAGGAGGAGGAAACGGAGGUGGCGACGGAGGUGUCGCACCCCCUAGACCGCCGACGCCGCCGCUACCGCCGCCGGAGAACGCCGAGCCGGCGGCGGCGGGAGCGGGAGCGGGGGUCGGGCAGGUGCCGAGGGUCCCGCUGGCGGCGGACGAGGAAGAGGAACCGGAAGACGACCUGAACGACGAGUUCCUCGACGGGGACAUGGACGUGCACAUGGCGAUCGACGAGCUGCUGGGGAUCCGGGGUCCUGUGACCAUGCUGCUCAGGAACGUGCUGUGGCUGCUGGCGUUUCACGGGGCGUACCUCGGGCUGUUCGCCUUCUUCCCGUUCUCGAUCGGCGCAAGUGUGACUCACGCCGUCUCCAAGUACCUGGACCCUCACGUGCUCUCCAGCCUCGGCGGCCGGUCGGAGUUGUACCUGGCCCUCAGGGAUGUCGUGCAGGGAUGGUACGAGCUGGCGACCUCCUCCGAGGAGCAGGAGAACACACUCAGGCUCCCGGACCUGGCGACCAUCUGCCUCGGGUACAUGGUCAUGUCGUCGAUGGUCUUCAUGUGGAGGGGCAUCAUCAACGCCAUCUCCAACCGAACCAACACGCAGAUCCUGCUGCGCGCCAAGAAGGCCAUGAGGGUUAUUGCCGCCGUGGUCAAGGUGGGGCUCCUGCUCUCCCUCAAGAUGCUACUGCUGCCCCUGCUGUUGGGGGUUUGUCUGGACGCCACGACCCUACCGUUGUUCGGGUGCACCGGCGAAGCGAGGGCCCGCUUCAUGGCGCAGCACCUCGUGGGGUCGUUGCUCCUGCACUGGGUGUUGGGCAUCACGUUCAUGCUCUUCGUGACAGUGUCGGUGCUGCAGCUGAGGGAGGUGGUGCACCCGGAGGUGCUCUCGCUCAUCAUCAGGCCGCAGGAGCCGCACCCUGACCUGCUGGGCUCGCUGCUGCAGGAGUCCGGCCGUACGCACGCGCGCCGGAUGGCCAUGAGUCUCGCGAUUUACCUGGCCCUGGUGCUGAUGUUCGUGUGGGUGCCGACUAGGCUCGUUGGCACGCUCUUCCCGGCCGUGAUGCCCGUGCAGUUGGAACUCCGGUACGGCAUGCCGCAGCUGCAGAUCCCGGUGGAGCUGGUCAUCCUGCACCUGGCGAUGCUGGCGUUCCUCGAGAAGUACCAGAACCGCAUCGGGGAGAUGCAGCACUCGUGGCUGGUGGCCGUGUGCGGCCGGCUGGGCCUGACGCGCUUCGUCCUGCCGCAGCCGAUCGUCGCCCGCUUGCCCCGCCCAGGCCCCCCACCCACCACCUUCGGCUUCUCCACCUUCGAUGACGCCGAUGGCGCUGGGGCCGGUUCUGCCGCCGCCGCCGCCGCCGAGGCCAACGGUGCAACGGCCGCUCCCGGCUCGACCCUCCGGCGACGCUCGACGUCCUCGCGAGGGCUAGGUGCUUCGGGCGGUGGGGGAAGUAGCACCAAUGGUGCCGAUGACCAAGGGGCCGAGCAGGGGGACGGCGGUGGGGGCAGAGGGUGGGGGGCGGCGGUGAAGGCUUGGUGGGACGGAGGAGAGGCGGGCAAAGAUGAGGAGGAGGGUAUCAUCGUAGGGCCUCCGUUGCGGCGCCCGCCCCCCGGGUGGGACGACCCCGCUGGCGUGGCACAGGGUAGGUGGGCGUGGGGCGCGGAGCCCCCCGGAGAGGUGCAGCUCAACCUUGCGCCGAGACGGCGGCACGGCGCGCGCGCGGUCCCUCUAGUGGCGGUGCUGCUUCUGGCGGCGUGGGCGACUGUUCUCGUGGCCGCGCUGUGCCUCGUAGUGCUCCCGUUCCUGCUGGGACGCCUGCUGUUCUCGCUCAUCCACCUGCCCAGGCGCUGGACGCACGACACGGCCAGUUUCGCCGUGGGAUUGACUCUACUCAAGGCGGCGCUACUCCAAGUGGAGGCUGGUUUGGCCCACGGGAGUUGGGCGGAGGUUUCCCCCCGCGGGGUGUUGUGGAAUUUCGCUGGCGCCGUAGUCGUUCGGCUGUUGGCCAUGGUUCUCAUUCCUACGGUGGUCUCUCUUGUGGCCGGCACCUGGAUGGAUGCAUAUGGCGCCGACGGGCAGUUUGUGCAGUUGGGACACUUCAGGGCGGCCCUGUUCGCCCUCACGCUCACCAGGGCCUCGGCCUACCUCAUCCAGCCCGUCCGGGCUUGGCUGACGGCUCUACACGACAGCGUCCGAGACGACCGUUACCUGGUGGGGAUGAGGCUGCAAGACCACUCGGAUAAGUCGCAGGCGGGUGCUCUCAUCUCCCGCGAGAUUGGUCUUGCUAGGGGCAGACAAGAAGGCCCAGCAAGCUGAUCCCAGCCCUGACGACAACAACAGCGCAGGAUACGUGGCGAGAGCAGGGGCAAUGGCGGCGACGCCCGGGAACACAGGUGUCGCUGCUGCUGCUGCUGCUGCUGCUGCUGCUGAUGGUCGUUGAUUUCGCACACACCCAAUGAACGGGCAGGCACUACGGAGCGAACGGGAUAGCGGCAAGGGAGGGAGCGGGGGGGCGAGCGUGUCAAGAGUCGUUGUCGCCUGCAUCCGGGCCCCGCAGCCCAUCCGCGAGGAGAGAGAAUGUGGAAAAUAGUCAAUCCAGAGGAGGGACGUAGCAUACUGGUGUUGGAUACUCUCGCUGGCUUGGUGUGCCCACAGAGUCUGACUGUGUGUGCGAGUGCGCGCCAGAGAGAACAGAGGCAGAGGGUGAUGCGUGUGGCGUCAAACGCUAAAGAUUUUGAUUGGUGAAAUAAAACAAAAAAACAUGCUGUCGUGUAGAAUGCAAGCUGUUCUCCUGUCGCACGGAAGUGUGAGGGAACCGUUAGGCCCCUUUGAAUACGCUGAUGACGAUGUGAACAUAGAAACCGUUCACGCGUGAUCCGGGAGGGCUACGCUCGGAACCACGAGGCGUUGAUAGGUUUUCCUUUCUCCGAUCUGCGGAGGAGGCGUUGUUCGAGGGAGAGAUGGACGGCGUGACACCACUUUUUUCUCUGCGUCGGCCGUA